GUUUGUUUUGUUUUUGUUUUACAGGCAUUAAACAGCCAAGCCAUGUUGUAUUGGUUGCAGCAGCUGCAAAUAAAAUGGUGGCAGCACAAUACCAGCCUGGUGAAAAUACCUGCAGAGCCCUCCACUACCUCCACACAGCUCUGCCAGCUGCCUUCUGCACCUUGGGAAGGAAGGACAGAGGACUUCCUCCCAGCAGUAAAGACCCCCAAGGGCCUAGUCGGAGAAGCCGCAGCCUGUCUGCCAGACCCCUGGCAACAAAAUGCACUGCAAAAGCUCUCCCUCAAGCACCCCAUCACAGAGAUACAGAACACAGUCCUCAAUAUCUGUGGAAACAAGCCAGCUCAGGAGCUGAGGCAGAGUGUGUUCAACUUUGACAAGAUUCAGCAGUCGCAAGACUGUCCCUGUGAGGAUCCUGUGACACAGAUACUGGGGGAAACAACAGCACCGCCUGUACCUCUGACACCCCCAGCACCUACAGUCCUUUCAGCUCCUUCAGUUUCUUCAGUUACAAACGAGUCUGCGCAGGAAGCAAAGACUGGAGGAAAGAGUUCUCCAUCAAGCAGCAUGAACAAGAGGGAGAAGAAAAUGACCAGUUCUCUUCAGCCUUCUGGGGAGAAGGUGUCAGGAAAGGAGGGGAGCCCCAUGGACAAACUAUCCAGACUCCAGCACAAGGUGUUCACGCUCACUGAGGGGCUCAAGUCACAAAAGGUAUAUGUUUGGUUUGGGUGACUGAAGUAUAUUUAAGCACAUAACAACUGAUAACUGAGUUAUUAAAGAGUAUGUCUUGUGAGGCACUUGUACAAUGAAUGAUUGAACCUUAUAAAUGUUUCCCAUAGUAAAAUCAUAAAGCAUAGUGGUACAGCAUAGGUCAGCAUUGUAAAGACCAGCUAGGUAUGGUAAAGCAUAUUAAUAAACAUGGAAAGCCAGGGUACACUGUGGGAAAAUAACAGUCUAAUCACAGGGAAAGCAUGGGAAAACUGUAAAAAAUACUGUGCAAAAACACAGUGGUAAACCUUUAUAAAGUUGUAUGAUAGUAUUUAAAUAUGAUGUUAUAUCUAUAAUAAGCAUGGUAUGAACGAACAUAAGACAGAAACAGUGGAUUUAGUCAAGCAGUUACACAAAGUAAUACAAACUCAAAUCCAAGACCAGCAACAAUUUUGCCUAAACUGAUUAAAGUACUGAUCUACUGUAUUUACUGUGUGAUGUCUUAACUCUUUUUCUAUACAAGUCAGAAACCUGCAUGCUGACCACAAAUUGGUUGCUUUACUGUGCAUUUUCUUUCCUCUUUGGCUAAGGUGUCACUGGGUGUGAAGGCAAACACAUUUAGCAGAAUAACUCAUGCAUUACCUAACAAUAGAGAGCUUUUUAAAAGUGUGAUAACUGUAUUGCUGAUAAUCCAAAUUGUUAUAAACAUGGUGGUAUGAUGUUCUAUAGUAGCUGUGUAUGUAAAAUAUGGUUGAAGGGCACUUCUGAAACAGUGAAGAGAGUCUGUUGUUGCUUCAUUGUCUGUAACUGAAACUCUUGUGCUGUACUACUGUUCCUAUGAAUCCAUAAAGGUUACAAUGUAGAAUUUUUUUUUUAUUAUUUUGUCAUCAACACAUACAGUACAAGUGUAUUAAAAUACAAAAUCUCUGGGGCCCUGUGGCAAUGCGCCCCGCCCCUGUGUGCAUUUGUGUGUUUUGUGUUGUAUGUUGCGUGUGUUAAUGUUGGUGUAUAGAUUGGUACACGGGAUAUAAACGGGUCUGUGUUUCACGUGUAUUUAAAAAGUGUAUAUUUGUAUUUAGGCACGGGAUUGCACAUCACGCACAUGCAUUUAAAAUGUAAUAUGUGAGCACGGGGUUGCACAGAAUUAAUUCACGUGCUGGGAUUCAAGUGAAUAAUUAAUUAGUAAUUGAAUCCCAGCACAACAGUAUAUAUAGAGACACGUAGCACUCAGUCAGGGUUGGGUGUUCGGAAGAGGAGAACGGGUGAGAGAGAGAGAGAGAGGAGAGUUAAAAUAAGAUCGUAAACGUAAAGUGUUUUCACUCACCGUGUUUGUCCGUUUGUCUGUUCACUGUUUAGUCUGUUUUGUUUGUCUCUUUAUUUUGGCGUCAAGUGCCGUGUCCUGUUUUGUAUUCCGUUGUUCAAACCUUUUAUUUGUUAAUAAACGCUGAGUGCAGCCAUUGCACUCAGCUCAUCACAACCACCGUCUCUUUGUUUGAAUUCCUGUCUGGUCUGACGCCACCCACU